AUGAAUAAAAAUGGUUGUCAGUGGUUACAAAUUUUUGCAAACGUCAAUGCGAUAGUGAAGCUUAUAAGUCGUAUCCAUAUAUCUAAUAUAUUUUUGUUUGUUUCUAUCUAUCUAUCUAUCUAUCUAUCUAUCUAUCAAACAUUUGUCUGUUUCAGACUUUAUUUCCUUCUUUCUUUUUUGUGUCUAUCAAACCUUAGUCUGUUUUUUGCUUUCUUUUUUCUUUCUAUCAAAUAUUAUUCUGUUUCUAUCUAUCUAUCUAUCUAUCUAUCUAUCUAUCUAUCUAUUAAAUAUUUAUCUGUUUCUGGCUUUAUUUCCUUUCGUUCUUUCAUUUUUCUUUCUGUCUAUCAAUUCUUAGUCUAUUUCUAUCUAUCUAUCUAUCUAUCUAUCUAUCUAUCUAUCUAUCUCCAUCUCUUCGUUUCUAAAUCUGUUUCUUGCUUUGUUUCCUUCCUUCCUUCCUUCCUUCCUUCCUUCUAUCUAUCUAUCUAUCUAUCUAUCUAUCUAUCUAUCUAUCUAUCUAUAUGUAUUCAUCUAUAUGUGUUUCUGGUUUCAUUUCCUUCUUUCGUUCUCUGUUUUUAUCUGUCUAUCUAUCUAUCUAUCUAUCUAAUCUCCAUCUUUUUUUUUCUAAGACUGUUUUUUGCUUUGUUUCCUUCCUUCAUUUCUUUCUCCAUUCUAUUUAUCUAUCUAUCUAUCUAUCUAUCUAUCUAUCUAUCUAUCUAUCUAUCUAUUAAAUAUUUGUCAGUUUCUGGCUUCAUUUCCGUCUUUCGUUCUUUCAUUUUUCUUUCUGUCUAUCAAUUCUUUGUCUAUUUCUAUCUAUCUAUCUAUCUAUCUAUCUAUCUAUUCUGUUUCUUGAUUUGUUUCCUUUCUUCCUUCUUUCUUUCUCUGUUUCUAUCUAUCUAUCUAUCUAUCUAUCUAUCUAUCUAUCUAUCUAUCUAUCUAUCUAUCUCUGUUCUCUGUUCUUAUCUAUCUAUCUAUCUAUCUAUCUAUCUAUCUAUCUAUCUAUCUGUGUCGUUUAUUCUGCUAAAAUUCCAUCGCUUAAAUCUCUGCAUUUUCUCUUCAUAUUGGUGA